AGAAACAUUCAAUUUGAAGCUUUCGAUACAAUCAGGCGGAGCAGUUUGUGAACAAAAAGUGACAUAAGGAUGUUUUUUUUCUUUUGUUUCAUUUAAUUUUUGCGUGAAUUCAAAGAUGCUGUCGUUUUAUGUACGCCGCCGCGUUCUAUUUUGCUUUGCUUUUUUGUCUUAUUUUUAUAUUGAUUCAGUGUUUGGUCAUGGUAUGAUGCUUGAUCCGCCGGGUCGUUCUUCUCGUUGGCGCUAUAAUUCUUCCGCGCCGGUAAAUUACGAUGAUAACGGAUUGAAUUGCGGUGGUAUGACUGUGCAAUGGCAGCAAAACAAUGGCAAGUGUGGUCUGUGUGGCGAUAAUUAUGCAGCGAAGAUGCCACGAGCCAACGAAAUCGGUGGAUAUUAUGGUGGUGUUGGAGUAAUAACGAAAUUUUUUCGCGGCACUUUUACGAUUAGGGUGGGUGUACGCAUCACCACCAAUCACUUGGGCUACUUUCGCUUCGAUCUAUGCGAUUUGAAACAAUUUGGCACUGAAUCUGAAGAUUGCUUCAAGAAGUACGAAUUACGAUUUGUCGACGGUUCCGAUCGUUUAUACAUUGGCACCACAGCGGGUUGGAUUGCGGCUGAUAUUGUUUUGCCUGAUCGUUUGAAUUGUGAACAUUGUGUGCUGCGUUGGACUUAUACUGGCGGCAAUAAUUGGGGCCCCUGUGGUAAUGGGACCAGCGCUUUGGGAUGUGGGCCACAGGAAACAUUUGUGAAUUGUGCUGAUGUGAGUAUUGCAUCAGCAGCUAACCAUCGCGUAUACCUGUCUCGUCCGUGGCCAGAAGUUCGUUCGUUAGAAGUGCUUGUGGACUCAGAGGUACCAGAAUUCUACAGGCAAAUAUGGCUUUAUAAAAAGCGUGUUGGAUAUAUAUAAAUUGUGCGU